AGAAAUCCAACACGUACGGCACGCUGCGUGUGUUGAAGUGUGAGCAGAGCUGCCUCACUGAGCCAAGCGGACCCGAAACAAACCAGCAGGACUGCGGCUCAGAAGAAAGAUAAGGGAGAGAAGAGCCUCGCACUGAGAAAGAUAAUCAUCCUUAUUUAUAAAGCUGGAAGCUCAUUUUAUAUUUUUAUUUUGUUGGUUUUUACACUGCAGCUGAUAGCGGAUGUAUUUUUUUCUUUAUGUAAAUGAGAUAUUUUUAUGCGCCUCUUUGCACGAGAGUGGACCUUGCAGUAGCAUUUCUGCUGAAAAUCUCUAGAUAAGAACAGUGAGGGAGAAGAAGAGAUGGAGAAAGCACAGGGCUUCUCUCCGGACAGAAACGUCCUCUGCCUGUUUGAUGUGGACGGCACUCUGACACCACCGAGAGAGGUACCUCACUUUACCUCACUGUAGAGAGAACAUCAGAGGAGAACAUGGUGUCCUGAUGACUUCACGUGCUCUUUCUCACAGUGUUUACUUUCCUUUUUGCGCUCUUUGCGCCUCCUGUACACAUACCCAGAAAAUCGACCCGGAGCUGGAUGAGUUCUUCCAGACUCUGCGGAAGAAGGUGAAGAUCGGCAUCGUGGGAGGGUCGGACUACUCGAAGAUUGCAGAGCAGCUUGGGGAGGGAGAUGAUGUGAUACACAAGUUUGAUUAUGUGUUUGCUGAGAAUGGGACGGUGCAGUACAAAGAUGGGAAACUCCUCUCAAAACAUGCCAUUCAGAACCAGAUCGGGGAGGAGCUGCUGCAGGACCUGAUCAACUUCUGCCUCAGCUACAUGGGACUCAUCAAGCUGCCAAAGAAAAGGGGUACAUUUAUUGAGUUCAGGAACGGAAUGAUCAACAUCUCCCCCAUCGGUCGGAGCUGCACGCCAGAGGAGCGAAUUGAAUUUUCUGAAAUCGACAAGAGAGAGAAGAUCAGGGAGAAAUUUGUUGCUGCCCUGAAAAAGGAGUUUGCUGGGAAGGGACUGCGGUUUACUAAAGGUGGCCUCAUCAGCUUUGACAUUUUCCCAGAGGGCUGGGACAAGAGACUGUGUUUAGAGGUGCUGGAGAGGGAAGGCUUGGAUGCCAUCUACUUCUUUGGCAAUGAGACCUCAGAUGGAGGAAACGACUAUGAAAUUUUCAACGACCCACGGACCAUCGGCUUCACGGUCUACUCUCCAGAGGACACAGCUCGGCUCUGUCGGGAGAUUUUCUUUGACGCUUUACCACAUGAGUCCUGAUGUCCCGAACUGCCCCCUUUCUCCUCAUGCACAAGCCCCGUCUGAACACGAGUCUGUGGCCGUCUGCUGGCGAGCCCAGGCUUUUUUAAACUGACGAAAGGUACUGAUCUCUCCAUGUUUUUAAUAUUUCUAUUAAAUUUAAAUGGACUGAAGCGGGGUGAAUGGGCUACACCUGUUCGGAAAGUCGCAGUUCUUUUUUUAAAGAAAAGAAGGGAUGUUGACGAGGGAAGUGUUACAUGUGCAGAGGACUGUGCCAGGAGAUGUUCUCUGACCGGAGAGUUGCGUUACUGUGACGUGCAGCACGUUCACUUUGAGAGAUUGUAACACUUGAUGCAGUUUUUAAAUAAUGUCAUUCUCCAGAUUGAUGAUUUGCACUAAUGCUGACAUAAUUUUUUGCCAAUAAUUGGUAUUGUCUUUUUAACUCUGCUGAUGGAGGCGAGCAGUGUGAGAGACUGAUAUUAAACAGAAUGAUUCUAUGAGAAUUUCUAUGAAAACGAGAUCGGAUUUAAGGGCCUGUUUUUAAAUCUCAAGUUGAGGAUACAGAGGAAUCAUUCCAGAUGUUUUAAUGUCUGAACUGUACGUGUUUGACUGUUUUACCGUGUGAUCACAAGGACGUUGGAUUUAUGUUUUAACUUCUUUAACAGAAAGAAGCUUGCUGCCAUUUCUCAUUCUGCUUCUCAAAGCUCUUUAAAUCACAUCUAAGGGAAGGUUCUAAAGAUUCUGACUCGGUGAAUUUACUGUAAUCAGUGAAUUAAGCUACUGCCACUGUAUACUUAUGUGACUCAAUAUGGAAACUUUUUCAAAAGCUGUACUUUUGCCUGCAUGUGAUACGCGUGACUGCAUCUGCUGAUGGUUUUCCAGUUGUAUGACAUCAUCAACAGCUGCUUAAAGUGGACCAUCAGGCUUAUUUCCAGCUGCUUAUAUUUAUUCUUUGACUCACGCUAGUCUUUAGUUAUCCUACACUGAACCUUGCUGCAGCUCAUCCUCUGUCUGAAACAAGCCACUUUAGCUCCUCUCUUCUUAUGCAAACUUUCUUCUGAUUGGCUGCUUGUCCUAAACCAAAGGUUUGAGAACAACAGGAGACAAUUGAGUACUGAGGAUAUCCGUAGAUGGAGCCGAUAUUGGAAAAAACUCUGUGAAACUGAGGUUUUAGAGCAGUCUGAAGCCUGAGGUGUUCAUUCAUGUAAGAGCAUUAUAGGUCCUCUUUAAAGUGUUGCAAAAAUGCCUUUUAAUCAUGUUUAAAAUGUGUUAGCAUCAUUUUUCAGUCACAUCUGUUAUUGGUCUGAAAAAAUCCAUCGUACAUCAUGGAUCAUUGAUGCGAAUAUGUGGAUUUUACUAUGUCAUAUAUGGAACAUAUCUGUUUCUGACUGUAAGCACUCCUUCAACCUGAAAGCCUACAGGGGUUGUGUAGACUGACAUGCGCAUCUGAAUAUGAGCCUGUAACACUGACUAUACUGUAAGAUUGGUAACAUAUGGAUGGAAAUGAACCGUAUUAAAUGUUUAUUCAUUUUCUGUUCAGUGUGAUAUGUUGUCCAAGGACUAAAAUGUUUUUUCCAGUAAAUUUUUAUUGAAAAUCAAAGUGUGCAGGAAUAACUUGUCUACUCAUUUCUCCAGCCAGAGCUCUCUGUUGGUGUUGGUGUUUUUCUCAGCUGUUUUACAUGUGAAGCACUUCAGGCUGACAAAAACUUUCUCUGUAAUCUUGUCACGAUUCCUUUCCUGGUGGUGCUCACACUGCAGAGACAAAAAAGUCCAGUUCCACCUCUCUGUGGUUGGAUUUAAGACUGAAGCCAGAUUGCAGUAGCUCUUCAGUAAACAGCCUUUACCUGCCUUUCUCCACCCAGCCACUAGAUGCCCUCUGACUUAGAGCUGUAGGAUUGUCAUUUUAUUCAUGCUUUGUGUUACAGCUCUUUUUCUCGCUUCCUUCUUCUUUGUUGUCAUCUUCUUUGACUGUUAUCAGCUGAUUAUUGUGUGUUAAGCCCCUGUUCCUGCACAUGAUCCACAUCCUGCCUUCCACGCUCACCACCACGCUUUCCUCCCACUGACUGGACAUGUUCAAGUUGUCCUGUCCACCAAUCAAGCUGCAAACAUCAUCACUGCACUGGCUGACUGUCCACUAUGACCCUGAACUGAAUGGUGGAUGCAUGGGUGGAUUAUAAUAUCAAGCUGUACUUGUUUAUACUUGGUUUUAUAUUGAAUAUACCUGAAACAAACCUUAAUAUAAUUUCUUUUCCAAUUAAAAACCAAUUAAACCAUUGAAUAUUAUAUUGCAUGUAACUAACUGUGCAUGAAAUAGUUACUGAGCAAUAAUAGAGGCUUGUUACUCAUAGUCAGCAAUAGAACCACAUACUUGUAUUUAAAAUGGGCUCAAAGAGAACUUCUAAUGUUUUAGAAGGAAAAUUAAUCAGUCUCUAAUAAACUGUGGUAAAUUACCUCUUGUUUAAGGAAAGAUCACCUUUUUCCUGGUUUACUUAUGCAAUUUUUUUUAUCAUUGCUUAAUUCUUAUACAUAUUAACAGCUUAACAGUUUAAAACAAGACUCUCCAGCAGCUACAUCCACCAAAAACAGGCAUUUCCUCUGCAAGCCGUCUACCACACAAGCUGCCUGAGUUGCAGUGGUCAGUGGUCAUUUUUCAAAAUAGACACACCUUCCAAGAGUCAACUGAUUCAUAACCUGCUUUAAUGUUCUUUCAAGACUCAGUAGAAGUGAUGACUAGGAUGACCACAAUGGUGGCUCGUCUACAGAAAGACAAAAACGCCUAUUAAUGAAGUAAAAUUUCACAAUGAAAAAACAAAAAACUCGGGCAGUGACACUGACAGAAAGACAGAGACUCAGUGGAACACAUAAAAUGAUUUACAGUACAGUUUUUAACCUGAAGAACAACAAUAUGACAAUAUGCACUAUUGGCACCCAGCUCUGCAACUCCGCAGUCAAGUUGGUUGCAGCCCGUUCUCGUUCUCAUGGCGUCUAAUACUGCUGUUUUGGUAAAGCCACUGGCGUCUCCCAAUUACACACAUGGUGGCCUUUUAGGUUUAGACAUUAGGUGUGUUACAAAAACCCUUUAGGAUCACAUUUUUCCCCAUCUUUCAAGAUUUAUUUUUGACAUUUUUGCAUUUGUUAGACGUUACAGUGACAAAAAAGUGGUGAAAUAAUUAGGAUAACAUGUCAUAUAUAAACUCGCUGGGAAAGCAGCUCUUUAUAAACCAAGCAGUGUUCAGUGCCUAAACAUGAUUAGUAAGUAAAAGUGAAAAUAAAAAGCGCCUGAAAACUAAAAUCAUCCAGCAAAAAACAAGUAAACCACAUUUCAAAGCGUUAAGCUCUCAAACAGGAAGCAAACCACUGAAUCCUGGCUAACUAACUUCUGAGUUGCAGCGUCACCAUCCCUUCAAGCUCCUCAUGUGGACUUUAAAAGAGGGCCAUUAACUUGCAGCAUGCACAAAUGCCACAGGCAGUGUGUCGAGGUCCAGGCAUCAAAGGACAUGUUAUGCAUAAUUUGCCAACGCUAGCCGCAUCUGAGAGAACAGCAGGAUUUGACGCUCUGGGAAGAGAACGCAUUGGCAGUUCACAAUCACAAUGACUCAGUAAAUCACACACAUAUAUAUUUCUAUGAAUAGAAAAAAAAAUUUACACACAAGUAAUCCAUGGCUCCAGGUCCUUUGUCGAAAGGAUUUUUUUUUAAACAAACUAAGACAAAUGUCUCGAGUACCGCUGCAGCUUUCAUAUUGAAAGUUUCUCAAGUGCAACUUUUAACUGCAUUAUUUGAAACACAAAGCCUGUAGUCUGACAUACACACACACAAACAAAUCAACAAGCGAACGAUAAAAUGAAGUGACCACAAACAAGACAACACAGCAAAA